AUGGAUAGCAGUGGCCUUGUUGGGAGUACGACAGGGGUAGAUCUCGACCCAUCCUCCUGUAUGAUGGGCAACGCGACGGAGCUGACAUCCCUUCAACAUGCUUCGUUACAACACCACCAGGCCUUGGACAACAAGUCAGACGUCAGCUACGACACGGACGGUAAGGCGGACCUGGAUGCAAUCACUGCAAAAACUGAGCUAGAGGAUCACAUCUCUUCGGAAGGUGACUCUGAUGAAGACCUCGGCGUUGACGAUGGGUUUUCCGGAACGUCAACACUGUCUCAGCAGAAACGCCGUUUCGCGGACGUCAAGCCGCCGUACUCCUAUAUCGCACUCAUCACGAUGGCAAUCGAAAGUUCGCCGAACGGAAUGAUGACCUUGAACGAAGUGUACGCCUUCAUCAUGAACAGGUUCCCGUACUUCAAAGAAAAUCAACAGAGAUGGCAGAACUCGAUUCGGCACAAUCUCUCACUGAAUGACUGUUUCCUUAAGAUUCCUCGCGCUCCUGGCCGGCCGGGGAAAGGCAAUUAUUGGGCGCUUCAUCCAUCCUGCGGGGACAUGUUCGGCAAUGGUAGCUUCUUGCGACGAGCGAAGAGGUUCAAGUUACCAAAAGCAAAGCGAAUGGACGAACCAGCAAUGAUUCAGCAUGUGAAUUCUUACGGACAUUUCAGCCUUUACGGGCCGCCACAGCCAGGCUAUAAAGGAUACCCGUCCCUCAAUCCUUUAUCUCUGUCCGGUUUCACGCAGGGACUUACGGCGCAGCAUCAGCAGUACCCAGGACUAGGCAGCAGUAAGCCAGAGGCUUGGGGUAACCUUAGCGGUAUGGGCAGCAUGGGUGGCAUGAGCAAUAUACCAAAUUUACCAACCACAAGCAGUUACAACAAUCCUUACUACGGAACAACUGCCAUGUCAGCUUCGGCCAAUUCAGGACUCGGUGGGUCAAGUUUGGGAGCGGGGUCGUACAUUCCAUCCAUGAGCCAAGGACAAUGCUCAAUGCCAUCUACUAAUCCAGCACUUCCGAAUCCAGCACUCUCAGGUUAUUCACCGUUACAGCAAUCGCACUAUCAGAACCAGCAGUAUUCGAAUCGAAUCAGUUAAAGGACUGCUGCAGGUGUUAAGUGAACAUUUCUUUCGGUGAAAUUGACUUCUCGUGAGGAUUGAAGUGUCUAUGUAUCGGA